AUGGAAGUGCAGGAAGGCACAGGCAUAGAAGAUGAGGUAGACUGGGGUGGUGACGAGGAACAUCACCAGGACGGACAAGAUGGAGAUGUAACGGAGGCCGAAGAGGAGGAGAUGGAGGAGGGUGAAGGGCAGGAAGAGGGAGCAGGCCCUGAGACAAAGCUAGAAACGAACCCAGACGUCGCCGAAGCGGCUGAAGCCACAGAUCCCAUCGCUUUGGAAGAGGACGAUGAUGACUGUCAGAUUGUUAGUGUCGUGAGUCCUCCUCCGCCAAAGAGCCCAAAUGGCAAGGAAGGCAAGGAUGGCAAGGGCAAGGGCAAAGUGGCUGCUGUUGCUAUAAAGGGCAAAGGUGGGAAAGCUCCUCCCGAGAAAGGACGCGGCAAAGGCCCUCCCGGCAAAGGCCCCCCCGGCAAAGGCCCCAUUGCCAAGCAUUACCCACCGCAGAUUGCGAAGGCCAUGGUUGCAACACCGAAGCCAAAACCGCAGCCUCCACAAAUGCAGCACACGCAAUUGCCCACACCACCUAAGCCCUCACAGCCGCCAAAGCCACCACAGCCGCCCACAAGUCCACCUGUAAAGGCGGCCCCUAUGCCUCAGAUUUCUGUGGAUUCUUUGCUCACAGAACAGGUGAGGCUACAAGUCCUCACGGAGCCCGGCAAGCGUGCUUCUAUGAGGAGGUUGCUUGCACAGCCCAAGGUGCUACAGCUUUUGCGGCACUUGAGCAGCAGUCGGCGUUUGGCUUUCAGCAGCAUGCCCGGGGUCCUUUGCAAGCUGCUCCGUGAGUCCACAAAAGCUUUUCAAUUGUCGGAGUCUGGCAAGGAAGACGCCGCAGCUGCCAUACAGGACGUUCGAGUAAGCCUGACAGAGGCAGGUGAGGCAAAUCCGAUAGUCGACAAGAGAACCUUUGACAGAGUUUUCUCUUCAUUGUUCCCAAACCGAACUGCCUCGGCAACAAGCCAGCCGACCACACAAGCUGAGUCGGCACCUAGCUCAGCUCCCAAUGGUGCCUUCGGCCCCAGGAGUGACUUCAAGAGUGGCGAUGUGGUGGCCAGAAACCAGAGCAAGCAGAGAGCACUACAGCAGAUCCGCGAUCUUGAUGAUAAGGGCGUGCCCAACAGAGAAGCAGAUGGCCCCCGGCCACCCAGCAUGCCCCCUCCCAAUUACAAAGCAGACUGGAGGAGCUUCCAACCCACGGCUAAGAGGGUGCCUGCUCCGCGCAGGACAGGCUCAGCUAGCAGCCUCGACGAUGCCACGGUCGGCACGCCAAGUCAGCCAACACACGAACCGGCUCAACCGGCUCGCUCCUUCCCAUCGCCUCCGGCCAUGGUUAGUUCACCACCGGCGCAGCCAGCACCUUUCUCAAGCUCCGGAGGUCCGCGGCCUCCACAAAGUCCACACACCUACCCGCCCAACAACCAGCCACACCAACCAGCAGGACCUCCCCCCGCAACUUUGGGCCCGAGGCCUCACUUGAGCAUGGCCUCACCAAGGAGCCAAGUGCCGGAACCCGUGGACAACGAGGGGCGGCCCUUUGAUUUGGAGCGGGUAGUAGUCAACUUUGCCAAUGUUGGGGCAACGUACGGGGUCCGAGUCCUGAAGAGAGACAAGCAGACUUCAUAUCUCUUUGACUACGAGGGUGUCAGAAGGUGCGUGAGGCACCUGACACAGAAGUGCAAGCUCCGCGUCAUUGGGGUGAUCUUUGAGAACUUUAACGGUGAUGAGAAUGGGCGUCAGGUGUAUCAGGUGCCGGCCGACAUAUCGGCAAUGUGCGAGAGCAUAGAGCUUACACCCCGAUUGCUAGGUCAACGACACAAAAGCGCCGAUGAUGAAAUGACCAUCAAGUGUGCGUACAGGAGGAACUGCAGGUUCUUGGAUAAUGACAAUUACCAGGACUGGCGAAACUACCUUGCAGACGAAGCCGUCCGAACUUGGCUGUUGCAUUGCCAGGAGUUCUUGCAGAUGAAGUUCUACUUUGACUCUGGACUCGGGGACUUUGACAUACUAGAAGGCAACAUUCCAGCUGCGUGGUUAGCGCAGGGCCCAGCGAAACGCAUGUGUACGAGACCAUGGAAAUGA